UCCAUUGUUGAUAUUGAAAACUUACUUCAACUGCUUUUCUUGUUUAUUUAUUUUUUACACCAUCAGUGCUUACAGCCACUUCAACGUACACACAAUACACACUCCAACACGCAUUAGGAAUUUUACCCAGCUCUCACCCUAUUGUAAUAACAAUACACUUGCGCGCAUUGGUCACCCGGUCAGGUCCACUUCCUAAAUCUCCAUGAGAAAAAAAAAAAGCCGCCCCCCCAUGAAAGCGUCCCAGAGGGGAACGCAGCAGGUUUAUGGUAAUACGCCUCUGAGGAGUAGAGGAGGAGGAGGAGGAGGCGGAGGAGAGCCACGGAGCCAUUUUGUACUCAUUUUCAACUCAGAGUGGGUAAACGCAGCUGCUGCGCGCCGUGGAGACGCCGACACUAUGGAUACCAAGCGUCUUUUCCCACGUUGAAACUUCACGAUGAGGGCUAAAAGUAAAACGCGCUGUUGGGAGAGGGAGAGUUGAGUUUCGGUGAAGUUGAAUGGGAUUUUGUCAGGUUCACAAGCAUGGAGAUACCGAUGUGUUGGAUGUGGGUUUGUGUCCUGUUCAACGUGCCGCUCGUGGGGUGUUUGGAGAUACACCUCUCGGACACCUUACAGCCCGGGACCCUUUUGGCGAACCUGUCACUUGGCCCUGGAUGGACUUCUAAACUGGACCGGACUUUGUCCCCAAAAUUCAUCCAGAGCUUUUUCCAAGUUGGGAGACACGAUGGGCUCAUCCGUCUGUCCCGCAAAGUUCAGUGCGCGCACACGGCGAGGAACCCGGCGCCUGUUUACUUCAGGACCGUUUCCUGGACGUCCGGGGACGAUAUUCUGACACAGUUCAAUGUGUUUGUCCACGGCCAGGACUGCUUUAUUAAAUACAAGAGAAAGAAAUCGUCAGGUAAGCCCGACAUUCACAUUACACACCUGACAAAGCUGGAGGCGACUUCCUGCUUCCCGUCAGGUAAACUGCUUCUGAAUGUCACGGAACGUUUGCCCACCUUCACGCGCACCAUCGCCUUUUCGGACAGCGUGUGCGUCGGCAAAGAGCUCAGCGCAGUGUUCACGCGCGGGGCUCUGUUCCUGGCGGAAGACGUGUGUCUGGAGCGCCGCGGACAGCGCGCGGUGACUCUGCAGUGCGCGCUGCGCAGCUCCGCGCGCGGCGGCGGGCUCUCUGUGCUGCUGAGGCUGACGCUCGUGAAAGUGCCUCAACAACUUGAGUUCGUCCCGCAAAGCAUACAGAAGUCGGGGACAUUGAUCCGCAGGGGGAAGCGACAGGCGAACGCGUCUCCUCAGUUCCAGCUGCCCAACUAUCAGGUGUCCAUCCCGGAGAAUGAGCCGGCCGGCACGCGGGUCAUCACCCUGAAAGCCACUGACCCGGAUGAUGGGGAUGCAGGGAGGCUGGAGUACAGCAUGGAAGCCUUGUUUGACAGCCGGUCCAACGACUUUUUCGACAUAGACUCUCGGACAGGGAGCAUAACAACCGUCCAGCCGCUGGACAGAGAAGUCAAAGACACGCAUGUUUUCAAAGUCACUGUAAUUGACAAUGGCUCCCCCAUUAGAUCCGCCACUACUUACCUCACCGUCACUGUGAGUGACACUAAUGACCACCGACCGGUGUUUGAGCAAACUGAGUACCGGGUUAGCAUCCGGGAGAAUGUUGAAACGGGGUUCGAAGUGAUGACCAUCCGAGCCACAGACGGGGAUGCGCCCUCCAACGCCAACAUGAUUUAUAAAAUUGUCAACGGCGACGGAGUCAACUCUUUGUUUGAAAUCGACUCCCGAAACGGCCUGGUGAGGAUCAGAGAGCGGCCCGACAGGGAGACCCGGGCCAAGUACCAGCUCAUCGUUGAGGCCAACGACCAGGGCAAAGACCCGGGCCCCCGCAGCGCCACCGCCACCGUCAAGAUCACCGUGGAGGACGAGAACGACAACUACCCGCAGUUCACUGAGAAGAGGUACGUCGUCCAGAUCCCGGAGAACGUGGCCGUCAACACCAGAGUCAUCCAGGUGGACGCUAAGGACACGGACGAGGGGAACAACGGCAAAGUUCAUUUCAGCAUCAUCAGUGGCAACGUUAAAGGACAGUUCUACAUCCACUCCCCCACCGGCGUGAUUGACAUCAUCAACCCUCUGGACUACGAGAUGAUUCGAGAGUAUAAUUUGCGAAUCAAGGCUCAGGACGGUGGCAGGCCUCCCCUGAUAAACGGCACGGGGAUGGUGGUGGUGCAAGUGGUGGACGUGAACGACAACGCCCCCAUGUUUGUCAGCACGCCUUUUCAGGCGUCGGUGUUGGAAAAUGUGGCCGUCGGUUACUCUGUGAUCCACAUUCAAGCCAUUGAUAGCGACUCUGGCGAAAACGCCCUGUUGGAGUACCGGUUAACUGACACCGCACCGGGUUUUCCGUUCACGAUCAACAACAGCACGGGCUGGAUCACAGUGAGCGAAGAGCUGGACAGGGAGACCACGGACUUCUACACCUUUGGCGUGGAGGCGAGAGAUCACGGGAUACCGGUGAUGUCCUCCUCGGCCAGCGUCAGCAUCACGGUGCUCGACGUGAACGACAACGUGCCCACUUUUACCGAGAAAGUCUACUCGCUGAAGAUCAACGAGGACGCUGUGGUGGGUACCAGCGUUCUGACAAUGACCGCCGUGGACAGGGACAUCAACAGCGUGGUGACCUAUCAGAUCUCCAGCGGCAACACCAGGAACCGCUUUGCCAUCACGAGCCAGAGCGGCGGCGGGCUCAUCACCUUAGCCCUCCCCUUGGACUACAAGCAGGAACGCCAGUACGUCCUGACGGUCACCGCCAGCGACGGGACGCGCUACGACACCGCGCAGGUGUUCAUCAACGUGACGGACGCCAACACACACCGGCCCGUCUUCCAAAGUGCCAACUACCAGAUAACGCUCUGCGAAGAUAAGCCGGUGGGCUCCGUCGCGGUGAUGAUCAGCGCGACGGACGAGGACACGGGGGAGAACGCUCGCAUCACGUACGUGAUGGAGGACAACGUCCCCCAGUUUAAAAUCGACUCGGAUACGGGCGCCAUCACGACACAAAUGGAGAUUGAUUAUGAGGACCAGGCCUCCUACACGCUGGCCAUCAUCGCCAGAGACAAUGGCAUCCCUCAGAAAUCUGACACCACCUAUGUGGAGAUUAUCAUCCUCGACGCCAACGAUAACACGCCCCACUUUCUUCGGGACAGGUACCGAGGGACCGUGUUUGAAGACGCGGCCGUCUUUACCAGCGUCCUCCAGAUCUCUGCUUCAGAUAGAGACUCUGGCUCCAACAGCAGGGUGAGCUAUACGUUUCAGGGUGGCGAUGACGGAGAGGGGGAUUUCUAUAUCGAGCCGUACUCUGGCAUCAUCAGGACUGCUCGCAAACUGGACCGGGAGAAUGUUCCCGUCUACAACCUGAAGGCCUACGCUGUGGACAGGGGGGUUCCGCCGCUGAAGGCGUCCGUUCCCGUCCACGUGGUCGUCCAAGACAUCAACGACAACGCUCCAGUGUUCGAGAAGGACGUGCUGUUCAUCGACGUGGAGGAGAACAGCCCGGUGGGGUCCGUCGUGGCCCGGAUCACCGCCUCUGACCCCGACGAGGGCACCAACGCUCAGAUCAUGUACCAGAUCGUAGAAGGGAAUAUUCCGGAGGUUUUCCAGCUGAACAUCUUUAACGGCGACCUCACCGCGCUCACAGACCUGGAUUACGAGGCUAAAACCGAGUACGUCAUCGUGGUCCAGGCCACCUCGGCUCCGCUGGUGAGUCGGGCCACCGUGCACGUCCGCCUUCUAGACAUGAAUGACAAUACGCCGGUGCUGCAGGACUUUGAGAUUAUCUUCAACAACUACAUCACCAACAAGUCCAACAGCUUCCCAGCAGGAAUAAUAGGAAAGGUACCAGCUCAUGACCCGGAUGUGUCGGAUAAGCUACGGUACAAGUUUGAGUCUGGAAAUGAGCUCAACCUGCUGCUGUUGAACGAGGACACGGGGGAUCUGAGGCUGAGCAGAGACCUGGACAAUGACAGGACCCUAGAAGCACCCAUGACCAUUUCUGUCUCAGAUGGCCUCCAUCACGUGGUCGCCCUCUGCACGCUGCGGGUCACCAUCAUCACCGACGACAUGCUGACCAACAGCAUCACGGUGCGUCUGGAGAACAUGUCCCAGGAGCGCUUCCUGUCUCCGCUGCUCAGCCGCUUCCUGGAGGGCGUGGCCGCCGUGCUCUCCACCAAGCGGGAGGCGGUGUUCGUGUUCAACAUCCAGAACGACACCGACGUGCAGGGCUCCAUCCUCAACGUGACCUUCUCGGCGCUGCAGCCCGGCGGCGCCUCGGGUUACGGGGCGUUCUUCCCCUCCGAGGAGCUUCAAGAGCAUAUCUACCUCAACAGGACUCUGCUCAGGAUGAUAUCCUCGCAGGAGGUGUUGCCGUUCGACGACAACAUCUGCCUGCGGGAGCCCUGUGAGAACUACAUGAAGUGUGUGUCGGUGCUGAAGUUCGACAGCUCGCCUCCCUUCAUCGCCUCCGACACGGUUCUGUUCCGGCCCAUCCACCCAAUCAACGGGCUGCGUUGCCGCUGCCCGCUCGGAUUCACCGGCGACUACUGCGAGACCGAGAUCGACCUCUGCUACUCGGGACCCUGCAAGAACAACGGGAGGUGCCGCAGCAGAGAGGGAGGGUACACCUGCGAGUGCAUGGAAGACUUCACCGGCGAGCACUGCGAGGUGAAUGUAUCGUCGGGCCGCUGUGAGCCCGGUGUGUGUAAGAACGGCGGCCAGUGUGUCAACCGGCUGGCGGGCGGCUUCAUGUGCCAGUGUUCACCGGGGGAGUUCGAGAAACCCUACUGCGAGAUGACCACCCGCAGCUUCCCGGGACAGUCCUUCAUCACCUUCAGAGGCCUGCGACAAAGGUUCCACUUCACCGUCUCCUUCAUGUUUGCUACCAGAGAGAGGAGCGCUCUGCUCCUCUACAACGGCAGAUUCAAUGAAAAACACGACUUCAUCGCUCUGGAGAUCAUUGACGAGCAGGUCCAGCUCACCUUCUCUGGAGGUGAGACAAAGACCACAGUGUUUCCCUACAUCCCAGGAGGGGUCAGUGACGGCCAGUGGCACUCUGUCCAGCUCCAUUACUACAACAAGGGCGGGGGGAGUCUGGUGGACUCCACUGGGGCCCUGCGGCUCCCGCUCUAUACUGUCUGGCUGGAGCUCAAUCAGAAGGAGCCAAACAUCGGGCGUCUCGGCAUCCCUCAUGGACCCUCUGAAGAAAAGGUGGCUGUAGUUGCCGUAGAUGACUGUGACAUCUCCAUGGCGAUUCGCUUCGGAAAGCAGAUUGGCAACUACUCGUGUGCCGCCCAGGGCACCCAGACCGGACAGAAGAAGUCUCUGGACUUGACAGGACCGCUGCUGCUGGGCGGCGUUCCCAACCUCCCCGAGGACUUCCCGGUGGGGAACCGAGACUUUGUGGGCUGCAUGAGAAACCUCAGCAUCGACAGCAAGCCCAUCGACAUGGCCAGCUACGUCGCUAACAACGGCACCGAAGCAGGUUGUCCGACGAAGAAAAACUUUUGCAUGGACGACCUGUGCCAGAACGGAGGAGUGUGUGUCAGCAGGUGGGACACCCACAGCUGCGACUGCCCGACUGGCUACGGAGGAAAGAAUUGUGAACAAGUGAUGCCGUCGCCUCAGUUCUUUGACGGCCAAGCGCUGGUCUCCUGGAGCGAGACGGACAUUACCAUCGCUAUCCCCUGGUUCAUGGGCCUCAUGUUCCGCACCCGGCAGCCAGCUGGCACCCUGAUGCAAGCCAAUGCCGGAGCCCACGCCACCAUCAACCUCAUGGUGAGAGAGCAGCACGUUCGUAUGGAGGUGUUUCGGAAGCAGCAGCUGGUGGCGUCGCUCGGUUUCCCACAAGUUCGAGUCAAUGACGGGGAGUGGCAUCACCUGCUGGUAGAGCUGAGAAGCGCCAAAGACGGCAAGGACAUCAAAUACAUUGCUUAUGUGUCCCUGGACUAUGGCAUGUACCAGAAGUCAGUAGAGCUCGGUAAUGACCUCCCAGGGUUGAAGCUGCAAACUCUUCAUGUUGGAGGUUUGCCUGGAGAGGGAAACCAAGUCAGAAAAGGAUUUGUUGGCUGCAUACAGGGAGUGCGCAUGGGCGAGACACCCACCAACGUGGCCAACGUGAACAUGGCUCAGGGCCUAAAGAUCCGCGUGGAAGACGGCUGCGACCUGGCUGACCCCUGCGACUCCAACAUCUGCCCUGAGAACAGCCACUGCAGCGACGACUGGAGCACGCACACCUGUGUCUGUGACCCGGGUUUCUUUGGGAAAGAGUGUGUGGACGCUUGCCAGCUCAACCCUUGCGAGCACGUUUCUACUUGCGUUCGGAAACCGAGUUCCUCCCACGGCUACACCUGUGAAUGUGGACAGAACCACUACGGCCAGUACUGUGAAAACAAAGUGGAGAAGCCAUGUCCUCAAGGUUGGUGGGGCAGUCCCAUGUGCGGACCCUGUAACUGUGAUACUAACAGAGGAUUUCAUAAAGACUGCAACAAGACCACUGGAGAGUGUCGCUGCAAGGAAAACCACUAUCGUCCGGAAGGCGAGGACACUUGUUACCCCUGUGAGUGUUUCUCUCUUGGCUCCGAGUCUCGAACAUGUGACACCAUCACGGGGCAGUGCCCCUGUAAAGGAGGAGUCAUCGGCCGUCAGUGUAACCGCUGCGAUAACCCCUUCGCCGAGGUCACUCCCACUGGAUGCGAGGUGGUGUACGAGGGCUGUCCCAAGGCGUUUGAUGCAGACAUCUGGUGGCCCAAGACCAAAUUUGGACGCCCCGCCGCAAUGAACUGUCCCAAAGGAUCAAUCGGUACUGCCAUUCGCCACUGCAACGAUGAGAAGGGCUGGUUGUCGCCUGAGCUCUUCAACUGCACCACUGUCUCCUUCUCCCAGCUGAAGAAGCUGAACGAGGACCUGCGUCGCAACAGCUCCAGGAUGGACAGCGAGCACUCCAAGACCAUUGUGCGCUUGCUCCACAGCGCCACCGACAACAUCCAGCGUUACUACGGCAACGACGUGAAGACCGCCGCCCAGCUGCUGAAUCACGUGCUGCUGUACGAGAGCCGGCAGGAGGGCUUCGACCUCACCGCCAUGAGGGACGCCAAGUUCAACGAGAACUUGGUGCGAGCAGGAAGCGCCAUCUUGGAUCCUGACACCAAAGAGCACUGGGAGCAGAUCCAGAAGACGGAAGGCGGCACCGCCAACCUGUUGCGCAACUUCGAGGACUACGCCAACACCCUGGCGCAGAACGUCAGGAAAACCUACCUGAAGCCCUUCACCAUCGUCACCGACAACAUGAUUCUGACCGUGGACUACUUGGACGUGUCGGACCCGGAGAAGGCGACGCUGCCUCGGUUCCAGGACAUCCACGAGGAAUACUCCAAAGACCUCGGGUCAUCCGUCCAGUUCCCCCAGUUCAACCUCCGCGUUCAGGGCCACAGAGCAGAGCCCAACUAUGAACCUCAGAGUCAGACCGAUGCCCCACAGGAGGAGGAGCACACGGCGUCCGAGAGGAGACGGCGCUACAUCGAGCCGGCUGCUCCUCUGCCGGUUGCCGUAGUGAUAGUGUACAAAUCGAUGGGGAAGCUCCUCCCGGAAAGUUACGACCCUGACCGCAGGAGUUUAAGGCUCCCCAACCGUCCAGUGAUCAACACAGCCAUCGUGAGCGCCACGGUGCACAGUGAGGGUCCGCCUCUUCCUCCCCUCCUGGAACCGCCCAUCACCUUGGAGUACACCCUGCUGGAGACGGAGGAGAGAACCAAACCUGUUUGUGUCUUCUGGAACCACACUGUAGCGAUCGGAGGAACAGGCGGCUGGUCCGCUAAAGGCUGUGAGGUGCUCAACAGGAACAACAGCCACAUCAGCUGUCAGUGUAACCACAUGACCAGCUUCGCCGUGCUCAUGGACAUUUCCAAGCGAGAGCACGGGGACGUUCUCCCCAUGAAGAUUGUCACCUACACCACGGUGUCGGUCUCCCUCUGCCUCCUCCUCCUCACCUUCAUCUUGCUGUGUCUCUUACGCCGGCUCCACUCCAACCUCCACGCCAUCCACAGGAACCUGAUCGCGGCGCUCUUCUUCUCCGAGCUCGUCUUCCUGCUCGGCAUCAACCAGACUGACAACCCGUUUGUGUGCAUGGUGAUCGCCAUCCUCCUGCACUACUUCUACAUGUGCACCUUUGCCUGGAUGUUCGUGGAGGGGCUGCACAUCUACCGCAUGCUGACAGAGCUGCGGAACAUCAACCACGGACACAUGAGGUUCUACUACGCCAUGGGCUGGGGCAUACCGGCGAUCAUCACGGGCUUGGCGGUGGGUCUCGACCCUCAGGGUUACGGGAACCCGGAUUUCUGCUGGCUGUCUGUCCAUGACACCCUCAUCUGGAGCUUCGCGGGGCCCAUCUUCGUAGUCGUCCUGGUGAACAUCGUGAUUUUUAUCCUGGCUGCGAAGGCUUCGUGUGGUCGCAGGCAGAAGGCGGUGGAGAAGUCGGGAGCAAUUCCUGCCCUUCGAAUGGCCUUCCUCCUGCUGCUCUUCAUCGGCGCUACCUGGAUGCUCGGCCUGAUGGCGGUCAACAGCGACGUCAUGACCUUCCACUACCUGUUCGCCGCCUUCAGCUGUCUGCAGGGAGUCUUCAUCUUCUUCUUCCACGUGAUCUUAAACAAGGAGGUGAUGAAGAACCUCAAGAACGUCUUCACGGGAAAGAAGAGCGCGCCGGACGAAUCCAGCACCACGAGGGCCUCGUUGCUCACACGCUCUCUCAACUGCAACACCACGUACACAGAAGACGGCCAGCUGUACCGCUCGGGCAUCGGCGAGUCCACCGUCUCCCUUGACAGCACGCUCAGGUCAGCCAAGAGCCGCAGCAGCUACCUGCCAUACACACUCAGAGAGGAGUCUGGCCAGAAGCCCAGCGUCUCCUCAGGGACCGUGAAGGGACACACGGAUCUGGACGGAACUCUGUUCCACAGAAACGGCACCAAGGGAGAUGACUCGGACUCCGACAGUGAGCUGUCAGUGGACGAACACAGCUCCUCCUACGCCUCCUCUCACUCCUCCGACAGCGAGGACGACGAUAUCGACGUCAAGCCCAAGUGGAACAACGAGAGGCAGCCCGUUCACAGCACCCCUAAAGUGGAUUCAGUAUCCAAUCACGUGAAGCCUUACUGGCCAGCGGAGGCCACCACAGCCAGUGACAGCGAGGAUCCCGGCGGGGCGGAGAGGCUGAGGGUGGAGACCAAGGUGAACGUGGAGCUCCAUCCGGAAAAUAAGCUCAACCACGUCGGCGACCGAGAGAGGGAGACGUUCCCGGAGAGAGACACGCAACCGGCCGGGAACGCCAGAGACGCGGCGCCGUCGAGCCAGCCCCACGGCAACAGCAACCAGCAACCGGAGCAGAGGAAAGGCAUCCUAAAGAACAAGAUCAGCUACCCCCCUCCGCUGAACGACAAGAACAUGAAGAACCGUCUGAGGGAGAAGCUGAGCGACUACAACACCCCCACCAUCACCUCGCCGCCCCCCAACAACCACCACCACACCUCCUCCCCGACCCUCCCCUCCGUCAACAUCAUGAGCCCCUCGUCCCGGCCGCCCUCGCCGGCCUCCAACGACGGAGGUCGGCCGGGCAACCACGACCACAGCUCCCUCGUCAAGCCCCCCGUCGCCCCGCGGCCACAGAUGGCCACGGGGCCCGCGGGCCUCUACCGGGAGACCAACGGGGGCGUGGCCAUGCACUUGAAGUCGGGGACGGUGAACGGAGGCAACGAGUCCGACUCAGAUGGCAGUAACGAGACUUCGAUCUGACCUGUUAGGAAAACUCAGACCAGCCUGCCCUUGUGAGAGGAGGAGUGGAGAACCUGCUGCCCCGAGGAGAGGAUCGCAGGAGAGCCGAAAGGACUGGAAUAAAAGAAUAAAAAAGUUGAAGAGGAACUGCUCCAGAUGGGGGGGUGAAAAAGAGGGAAAACGGUGUUCUCCAUGACUGAUCUGUCCAUCCGUCCCUCCGCUCAUGGUCCCUCUCUCUCUAGAGAGCAGUAUUAAUUGCAGACUUUAAGACUGCCCCUGAGACAAGCAAAUAAGCAGAGGUAAUAAGAAGAUGUAAGAAAUUAAAAAAGGGAACGCUUGAUUGUACCAAGAGAGGACGCAAUGGAGCCACGUGUGCCAAAAACCACUGGUGUUCCUCCUUAAAUCGCCCUCUCAAUGGGUCGAGUUAGGAAAGCUGGAGAAGCCGGAUGAACAAACGCUGUGCAUGAACUCGGACUCAAAUACAUGCUGGUAUAUUUGUAGUCCAAAUGGAUUUCAAGGACUACAAGUCCCUUGAAGCAUCAGCCUGUUGGACACAUCAGACUCUGAUACCGGACGGCACAAUCACACACACACACACCAAGUGCUUUUUUCUUCUUUUUUUUACUCAACGAAAGGCUUCGCCAGCUUCUCAAUGCAGUGCAUUUAGAGUGUAAUUAACAUGUAGAUAUUGCUUAAGGUGAAGAAGAAACGAUCUAUUUUGUAUUUCAGCUGUUUAGUUUUUUAAACUCAGAAUCGUCCGCCUGUGAAAAUCACUUGAUACGCUGGCUCCUCCUACUGAGAACAAUCUGGAAUUGAGGCCUCACUCAAACAAACACACACUGAAUUGGCCUGUAGUGGGCUCUCCAGAGAUUCACUGUAUAGUCUGCGAUACAGACACACACACACACACACAAACACACACACAUAUAUAUAUAAUGGCUGCAAUCAUGGCCAAGACAUGCACACACAGAACCGUGAACACUAAAGAUGUGGAAUGGAGAGGCAUCGCCCCCCCCGCCCUCCUGUUGAAACUCUGUUUUUCAGUCCGAGCACUAUGAACCUGAAGCCUUCGUUUCCAGUGUCCGUCCCGCCUGUUUGUCCGAUGCAACACACUCGUGGUUACCAAAGUCAUGAACUACAGUAAAUGUGCACAUUGGGGUCGGAGGUCAGUUUCACUUUGAACUCGACUUUUAUUCCCAGAAACAGACGAAAAUACUUUUGUUGUUCUUUGGUGGCAUAACAAAGAGCGUUGCUUUCCAGGCACUCAGUAAUGUAGUGAAAACAACGUCCGUCUUCUCUGCUGCACUUCUGGAUCUGAGUUCAGAGUAAAAUGAAGCCGACUGGAUGCAUUCAGCAGUGACUUAAAGUGUUGUGUUAACACUCACUAAAUGCCUUUGAACCACUCGUACAGCCCUAUGUUGCUUUCUUGCCCUCCUGUGAUCAAUGCUGUUGAAAUGAUGAUGUUGUUGUUGUCGUUUUUUAUCGAUCCCAGACACUGGAAAUGUUUUGUAACAUAAUGUAUAUUUAUUUUUUAUGGUUUUUUCGAGACACUGGAAAGAAAAAAUUAUUGCGACUGUAAAAUUAAAGACCUGAUGAUUUUUUUC